CGGAGCUCCGCACAUCCUUCAGCUUCAUUGUCCCGCAGCUGAAACCGCAAUAAAUCACCGCAGAGCUGCUCUCUGUGGGCGUUCCUUCUUCUCUCUCUGCUGCUUGUAAAACUGCAAACACAAGGGGGACUUGCUCAGUCCGCCUCACAGUCUCCACUGACUGAAACUGCCCCAGGACGUGGAUUUAUCCGGGACCAGCCUGUGGAGCUGCACACUAACUCUCCUGUUGGACUUGUGUUGAGCUCGCCGUCAUGAGCCUGAGCGCCAACGACCUCACCGAGCUCAUGGAGCUGUGGGAGGAACUAAACCUGACCGCCGUCGGCGACCACUACAACCUGUCCCACGUGGAGACGCUGCUGUGUUCAGGCGCCGUCAGCCACGCCGCCUUCCUACACGUCCUCUCCGUCCUCUACAUCUUCAUCUUCCUGGUGGGCCUCGCCGCCAACGCCCUGGUGGUCUGGGUCAACCUGCGCACUGACAGGAACCGCUACGAGACGCACCUGUACAUCCUGAACCUGGCGGCGGCUGACCUGUGCGUGGUGGCCACACUGCCGGUGUGGGUGACCUCCCUGCUGCAGGGCGGGGGCUGGCCCUUUGGAGAAGCCGUCUGUAAACUCACUCACCUGGUCUUCAGUGUCAACCUCUUCAGCAGCAUCUUCUUCCUCACCUGUAUGAGUGUGGACCGCUACCUGUCCGUCACGCUGUUCGCCAACGCCCCCGACAGCCGCAGGAAGAAGGCGGUUCGGCGGCUGAUCUGCAUCCUGGUAUGGCUGCUGGCACUGGCGGCCUCCGUCCCUGACACCUACUUCCUGCAGGCGGUGAAGUCGCCGCAUUACGACGGUGCCGUCUGCCGGCCGGUGUACCCGCCCGACAACCCUCGAGGGUGGAUGGCGGGAGUCCAGCUGAGCUUCAUCGUGCUCGGCUUCGCCAUCCCUUUCCCCGUCAUCGCUGUCUUCUACCUGCUCUUGACGGCGGCGAUCCCUCCCAGCUCGGACCAGGAGCGCCGUGUCAGUCGGCUGCUCAUCCUCGCCUACAUCGUGGUCUUUCUGGUGUGCUGGCUGCCGUUCCACGCCGUUCUCCUGCUGGAUACCCUGUCGCUGCUCAACAUGCUUCCCUUCAGCUGCCAGCUGGAGAACUUCCUGGAUGUGGCACUGCACCUGACGCAGUGCUUCUCGCUGGUCCACUGCUGCAUCAACCCCGUCCUGUACAACUUCCUCAACAGGAACUACCGCUACGACCUCAUGAAGGCCUUCAUUUUCAAGUACUCCACCAAGACCGGGCUCGCCAGGCUCAUCGACGGCUCUGAGACCGAGUUCUCAGCAGUGGACAACAGCCUCCCAAACUCGUCUUAAGACUUAUUGUUCCUUGAAGCCACGACCCUUCUUCGUUGUUCCUGGUGGAUCCAUCUUGGACCACAUCAGCACCCUGAGAGUCCACCAACCCGAGAGUCCACCACCCUGAGAGUCCACCACCCUGAGAGUCUAACACCUUGAGAGUCUAUCAGCCUGAGAUUCCACAAACCUGAGAGUCCACCACCCUGAGAGUCCAACACCUUGAGAGUCCAACACCUUGUGAGUCUACCACCCUGAGAUUCCAACCCCCUGAGAGUCCACCACCCUGAGAGUCCAACCCCCUGAGAGUCCACCACCCUGAGAGUCCAACCCCCUGAGAGUCCACCACCCUGAGAGUCCAACCCCCUGAGAGUCCACCACCCUGAGAGUCCAACCCCGAAGUCCAACCCCCUGAGAGUCCACCACCCUGAGAGUCCACCACCCUGAGAGUCCAACACCCUGAGAGUCCACCACCCUGAGAGUCCACCACCCUGAGGGUCCAGCACCCUGAGGACUUCUGGAGAACAUGAAUCCAUUGGCUGGAUCAGUUUCAAAAUAAAAACUGUGUUUCUGGGACUGUGUUGACUUGUGAGGACCUUCAAAACCAUGAAAACUAGUUCCUGUUAGCCAACAGCUAGCUAACCUGGUAAAAUUAUCUAACGUUUGGAAAGCACAGCGACGUAACGAUGUGGCUUUAUGGUACCCCCUUUCCACCAAAAUGAACCUAGUGCUAGUUCUGGUUCUAGUUCUGGUCUGGUACUAGUUCUGAUUCUAGUUCUCGUUCUAGUUCUGGUCUGGUGCUAACGCUGGUUCAGAGUUGGUUCAACUUCAGAACCGGUUCUUCCACCGGCUGCGUCAGUACAUCACUGUACGUCUCCAGUGUUAGCUAUUAUUAAAUUUAUCACAUUGACCUCUGACCUCGAACAGUCCUGAUCGUCAGAACUUUAGUUCACCGCCACAUAAAACCACAGAAGAAGAGUGGUAACAGGUAAAUGUUUUGGCUGUAUGUAAAUAUGUUGAUACCUUUAAAUAUUUUAUAUAAUAAUAAUAAUAAUAAUAAUAAUAAUAAUAUGUAUAUGUAUAUGUAUAUAAUGUUUAUCAUGUAUAUAAUGUAUAAAUAUAAUGUUUAUAAUAUGUUUGUUUUAAUGUUUCCUGUUGGAGUAAAAUGUUAAAUGUGUUUAAAUCUCAGAUACUGGUUCACCUGCGAUCAAUAAAUCUUAUUUAUUCCCA